AUGGGGCACACCUCUCAUGUCUGCUGUGCUGGGGCUUCUGCCAUCCAGCAGAUGUACUGGAUGGCUUCUCAUUCCUGCCUUAUGUUCACCUCUGGACACAAAAUGCCCUCACGUGGUGCUUUUGCCAACCUCAUGUCCCCUCAACUAUACAGUGUGUCUCCACUCUUACUCCUCCUUUGUCCAGCAGAUCUUCAAGACACGGCCUUGUUAACUCUGAAGUUUAAGUUUAAUCCAAGGCUGGGCAUUGACAAUCCUGUCCUCUCCCUGGCGGAAGACCAGGACCAAUCUGAUCCCUGGAACCUGCAAAAGCCUCGCUUCUGUCUGCUGAGCAAAGAGGAGGAAAAGAGUUUUGGGUUCCAUCUACAGCAGCAGCUGGGCAAGGCUGACCAUGUGGUGUGCAAGGUGGAUCCAGGCACCUCUGCCCAGCGCCAUGGUCUCCGAGAAGGAGAUCGGAUCCUCGGGGUGAACAAUAGCAUUGUGGAACAUGAAGACUAUGCCACGGUAGUGCGCCUCAUCCGGGCCAGCAGUCCCCGGGUAUUGCUGACAGUGUUGGCAGGACAUGUGCACGAUGUGGUGCGUGCUCAGCAGGGGAGCGAUGUCUCCCUUUGUCCUACCCUGGGCUCGGAGGUCAGGCCCCGGCUGUGCCAUGUAGUAAAAGAUGAAGGUGGCUUUGGCUUCAGCAUCACCCACGGAGUUCGGGGUCCUUUCUGGCUGGUGCUCAGUUCGGGAGGAGCGGCUGAGAGGUCAGGGGUGCCUCCUGGGGCGCGGCUGCUAGAAGUGAAUGGGGUCAGUGUGGAGAAGCUCACUUCCAACCAGCUCAACCGGAAGCUUUGGCAGAGUGGAGAUCAGGUGACUCUGCUGGUGGCAGGGCCAGAGGUAGAGGAACAGUGUCAUCAGCUGGGAAUACCUCUUGCUGCACCUCUGGCAGAGGGGUGGGCGCUGCCCGUCAAGCCCCGGUGUCUAAACAUAGAGAAAGGACCUCAAGGCUUUGGGUUCUUGCUCCGGGAGGAGAAGGGCCUGGAUGGUCGCCUCGGGCAGUUCUUGUGGGAGGUGGACCCAGGACUGCCAGCUGACAAGGCUGGAAUGAAGGCUGGGGACCGCUUGGUGGCUGUGGCUGGGGAAAGCGUGGACGGGCUGGGCCAUGAGGAAACAGUGUCCAGGAUCCGAGCACAGGGCUCUCGGAUCUCCCUCAUCGUCGUCGACCCUGAGGCUGACCGCUUCUUCAGCAUGGUACGGCUGUCUCCCCUCCUCUUCUUGGAGAACACAGAGAUCGCUGCCUCCUCCUCUCUGGCAGAAACUAAGGGUCUUCCAGUUGAAGAUGCAGUUGAGCCUUCUAGCCCUGGUGGUUCCCGCCAAUGCUUCUUGUACCCUGGGCCCGGAGGUGGCUAUGGAUUCAGGCUCUGCUGUGUGGCCGGUGGGCCUUUUCUCAUCUCCCAGGUGACCCCAGGAGGCUCAGCUGCCCGCACGGGGCUGCAAAUGGGAGAUGAAAUUUUGGAGGUGAAUGGAUAUCCUGUGGGUGGAUACAAUGACCUGGAUAGGCUUCAGCAGCUAGCUGAGGCCAAGCCACCCCUCUGCUUGACGCUGGCAGCUAGGAAUCCGCAGGGCUUAGAAGCCUGGAUUUCCUCAGAGUUUGGAAAGGACUGGACCCUGGCUUUGGAGCGGCUAUAGGAAACCCCUGCCUGCCACAGACUUGCCUGGUGGCUUUCCUGCCCUUGCUCUGCAUCCUGAGGUGGAGGGAGCCAGGAAUGGUCUCUCCAAGCUGGAAGCAGGAGCUGGAGGGUUCAGACACUCCUGAUCACAGGAUCUUCUUCCCUUCUCAUGAGCCUAGCUCCAGCAGAGGGGUGUGGUCAGAGACCUCAGGCAGGCCCGUGAGAGAGCCCGAGUCUCCACAGGCUCUUAUGUAGAAGUUUUGAGGAGCUGUGCUACAAAGAUGAAUUUCUGCCCAAGAAGGUGAUGCUGUAGAGCCAUUUAGGAUCGAAGCUUUGAGAACUUAGGCUAGGUAUGUGGCAUGUGUCAUGAGGACCUGGAGGUCAGCCAUGCUUUCCUUAUGUGGGCACCUUAGAAAGGUGGGAGCUGGUUCCUGGCCACUGUCAUGUCCUGUUAGAGCCUUUCCCAGUUGGCCGGUGAGAUGGCUCGGUUGGUAAAGGUGCUUGCUGCUAAACCUGACAACCCGAGUUCGAUCCCCAGAA